UGGCAUUGCCAUGUUAGGAAGACAUGGUGCAGUAAGAGUUUUGGCUAUCAAUGAUGAUCUCAAUUAUUUAAAAUCUAUCUUUGUAACGGAAAGCGGAAAAUUGGUUCAUCUUACAAAGCCUGCAGUUGUCGAGGAAACAAUCGAUGACAAAAACAUCAUCAAAAAGUUGAAACUGGAGCAGGUUGCAUCUAUCGAUGAACCAAAUAUCAUCAAGCAGGAGCAAGAUGAGCAAGAAGUAGUUGUAUCUAAUAAUAAUGUGAUGGAUAUGGAAUGGAAUGCAAAGGAUUUUGAAGAUUUAAUAACAAUAGAUGAUGAUGAUUCUAGUGAUUUAGAACAAGAAGAAAGCGAUGAUUCAGAUGCAGAGUUUUCUAAAGAACAUGUUAAGGCCAUGGCAAUGGCAGUCCCAAUGAAAGUAACCAAAGAAGUUAUUGACCAUCAACGAUUAUGGUUGGCUGUAUUGAAAUAUGCAUAUAAAAUGCAGAAUGAGGAAGUUAAAAAUGAGUUGCAUGAAAGUUUUAUGAUUCCUGCAAAAUACUAUGCACCUGGAGAAAACAUGAGAGAAAUAUCACCACAAUGUGGAUUUUUUUUCCCAAUUGAUAAAAUUUCAUAUAUUGAAUCAAUGAUGCCAGGUAACAUACCUGAUUGGUCAGUAAUUGUGCGAGAAGCACUUUCGUUUGUGUAUGGGAACGAACUAAAACAUUACUCAGCCACAGGACUUCGAAGCAAACGACCACCCAUAGAUAAAAAAUUGUUUUGUGGACUUCUAGAUUGGUGCAACAGGCUCUCUAGGUUUCAUGUUGAGAAAAAGGCAUUCAUCCAUUACGUCAACAAAUGCUCUGAUCCUAAGGAUCAUCGUUAA